UUAAUCCUUUGCAUUGUUUUCUGCAAGGACUAAUAUUCUUUGCAUUUGCAAUUGUUUUCUAGCAGUAACAACAACACUCAAAAAACAAGAAAGAUGAUGAUGAAACAAUCUUCAUUCUCUUUUUCAGUUAUCCUCCUCUUUCUCCUCCAUUGUACCACAACACUAGCCCAGCCAGCCGCUGCACCGGCUGUACCAGCUGGCCCAACCGCAGCUCCUCCACCGGGUCCAAUCGUAACUCUAACUCCACCCCCUCUUGGAGCUCCAAUUCCUUCAGGACCCAUCAAUGUCAUCAGAAUCCUUGAACAAGCAGGCCGGUUCACACUCUUUAUUCGCCUCCUAAAAGCCACUACUGUCAUUGACCAGAUCGAGCAUCAACUCAACAACACAAACGGUCGCAUGACAAUCUUUGCACCAACCGAUAGUGCGUUUUCCACUCUCAGUUCAGGCACUCUAAACUCCCUAACCGAUCCACAGAAAGAAUCACUCAUUCAGUUUCAUGUACUCUCUUCGUAUAUCGCGCAAUCACAAUUUCAAACUGCAAGCAACCCAUUAAGAACAAAUGCGGGAGACAACAGUAGAUACAGAUAUCAGCUUAAUGCGACCUCUUACUCUAAUUCAAUCAACAUAUCAACAGGUAUUACUAAUGCUAGUGUGUCUGCUGUGAUAUAUUCUGAUGGGCAGCUUGCUGUUUAUCAAGUGGACAAGGUGCUGCUUCCUUGGGAAAUUUUUGGCUCUAAGCCUCCAGCAACGGCUCCAGCACCAGCACCCCUUGCACCAGCACUCGCACCUGGGAAACCUAAGAAGGUGAAGCCUACCCCCAUUGCAGUUACUCCUGUUAAUGAUGAUACUACUAAAGUGGAUGCCUCUGGUGCAGCGAGUCUGAUGACCAUGCAAAAUGUGGUAUUCUUUUUCGCUGUUAUGGUUGCACCAAUCAUUUUUUCUUAGGCAAAUGGAACGGUACUGGUGAUCGAUUAUCAGUCUAUAUAUUUACGAUGAGUGCUUUGCAGUAACUGUCAUUUCUCUAUAUAUGUACUAAGGCAAUAUAUAUAUGUGUAUGAUUUUGCCUGUUUGA